AUACUCGAAAUAGAUAAUAACCACUGACUGAAGAAAUAAAUACUGCCAGGAUUAAAUUACAAUUUCUAUAAGGGACAUUUGUAUUUCUGUUGAAUAUUCUCCGCGACUUGUGAGUCCCAACGAAUGAACCCGUUAUGCCCAGACGGAGAAAUCCGUUCCGACAAAGCCAGCACGCAGCGGCGUGCCACCUCUUUUUGGUGUCACCUUUCUCUUCGCGGCCGCCUGGCCUGGGGACCGCGAGGGACCCCUCACGGUAGGCACUCCUCUCUCUCGAGUCUCUUUCUUUUUCUUUCUCUCUCCUUCCCUCUCUCUCCUUCUCGCGCAUUCACCUGGCAACCUGGGCUCACCUGAACGGCCAUCUUGAAGCGCGCCGUCGCGUAUCGCGCUCCUCGUCUUUCCUCUCCAAGUCGCAUUUUCCGUUCGUCCUUGCGGCCGGCCGCCCGUCGCAUGUGCCGUCGCCGCAUGUGCAAGACCUGCAAAACGUGCAGCAGAGCACUCCAGCAACGAUCAGGUAGUCGGUAGCAUUCGUCGAUUUCAAUCGUGCUCCUUCCACUUGGCUCGCCUCUUUUUCCUCUUCGCAUUCCGAUAAAGUCCUGACGUUGGUGACGUCAUUGAUGCUCUUGGAACCUUUCACGGAUUCCCGAGGAAGUGCCGCCUCCGAGCGUCACGCUCGCUGCACGCAACCUUCUGCAUUCCAAGAUACGUCGCCCGAGCGGAGAAAAGGUAUCCACGGCGACCCAGCAAUUGGUGAACGUGCCUGAACGCGCCCAUACGUAAAUGUCACGGACGGCACAGCCGUUUGGUUUGACGCAGACACGAGCGUGCGAUCGUUUUGUUGAUUCUGCACGGGACCGGCGAUGAAGAAACAGGCUGGGAAGUGAACAGAAGAACCCUCAUUGUGAAACAAAGAAGAAGGAGAAAGACGAGCCCCCCGAUUCCGAGGAAAAUCCAUGUCGGACUCGCGAGGGGAGAGCAAGACUUAAUCGUAAAAAUCGUCGUGGUUGUGCACGUGUAUGUGUGUACGUGUGUCGUUAGCGAAAGUACGACUCUUUGUUCGUGCGGGAAGUUACCUGUGGAGCGGACACGCGUGUCUUACACACCGGUGAUCUCCCACAUUGUUGUCGAACAAUUGGACCUCGCGGUGAACAAGACGUUUCAAGAGCGACGACCUUCUCCACGCGGGUGUGAUAAGCGCGCGAGGAACAUCGUCGCGGAGUUACACGUUUCUCUCUUCCGCGAUUUUAGUCGGCGAUUUAAUCUCGCAGCGGUCGCCUCCGUUCCGCGCAUGGAACUCGCGGAGUCGGUGUUAUGGUCGAACGGUUACGUGAGGAGGAAUCGCUGUUAAACGACGCGCCACGGUGACCGGGACUGCAGCGAGUUUAUAUUGACGGAAAGAUCGGUGACGAGACCGUCAGAAUGGGUUCGAAGAUCGAGUACGUCGAGUCCUCGCACAUGUACGCGACCAAUUACAUCCGUAAUUCCAAGGCGAUCGGCGUACUAUGGGGUAUCUUCACCAUAUGCUACGCCAUCAUCGGCGUCGUCGCCUUCGUCACCCCUGAGUGGCUCGGCGACCUGGAGCACGAGAAUCCCGGGAGAUUCGGUCUGUGGACUAGGUGCAGCUACGGCGGUAACGGUGAGUUAGGCGAGGAGUGUAUCGGCCGCCUGGACGACCUGUCGACCAUCGCCAACGUUCCUUUCCGAGCCAGCACGAUUCUAGUCGGCAUCGCGGUGAUAAUCGCGCUACUGGCGAUCUGCGCGAUGCUCAUGUUCUUCUUCUGUCAGAGCACCACCGUGUUCUACAUGUGCGCCUGGAUGCAAGUGGUGUCAGCGAUUUGCAUGGCAAUCGGCGUAUGCAUCUAUCCUCUCGGCUGGGAUUCGCCGGUAAUCCGCGCCGUAUGCGGUGCAGCUGCAUCCAGAUACAAUCCCGGUGCCUGCGCUGUAAGAUGGGCGAUACCGCUCGCUGCAAUCGCGGCUUUGGACGCAGCUACCUUGUCUGCUCUUGCCUUCAUUUUGGCAUCUAGACAUGUGAGGCUGCAACCAGAACCUUUCAACAACGGAUCCUUGUACAAAGGCGAGGUAAAUCCGGGCUACGUGAACGAAGCUCAAAGCGUAGCUGGUUCCCGUAAGUCCCUGUCCUUGCGACCGGUCCUUCUGGUGGCUCCGCCUGAGCAGGAUCGCUACAGCGAGUUGUCCAGGGCGAAGUCGCACUCGCAUCACAGCCUCUACACUCCGGCGCCGUCGCAUCCGGUGCACACCAUGUCUACGAAUACUCUCAAUCAUUCGCAGCACAAUUUUCAGCUCUAAAAUGGCUUGCGAAUGCUCUAA